CGGCGUUCGGAUGGAUGUGGGGGGGAAGGGCCGGUGAGCGGCGGCGGACUGGGACAGGACGGAGCGGGCGGGAGAGCGGCCGCCGCACGGGGAGGGACGUCCAGCGACACACGUGGUGGCGCCGUGAGCAAACAGCGCGGCAACAGGCACAUUGUGUAACCUUAGCUGUUUGCCUUUGUCAUUCGCACGUUUGCCAGCGAUGGAUUAUACACCAGACUCUGGAUGCUCAGGGGCUCCAGGAUCACCACAUGGAGUAAAACAGGAUGGAAGUGAGACAUCGAAAGAUAAUAAUAUGUACAAUGGAUCACAGAAGAAUGAAAAACAUAUUGAGAAGAAAAAUGAAGAACAGCAGCAUGUGACCAAGAAAAGAGGCUGGCCAAAGGGUAAAAAGCGCAAAAAAAAUGUACCAAAUGGUCCCAAAGCUCCACUGACAGGCUACAUGCGAUUCUUGAAUGAACGCCGUGAACAGUUACGGGCACAGCAACCAGAUUUACCUUUUCCCGAAAUAACCAAGACAUUGGGCAGUGAAUGGAGCAAACUCCCACCUGAAGACAAACAGUGCUAUCUUGAUGAAGCUGAACGGGCGAAGCAACAGUAUAUAAAAGAACUGCAGGAGUAUCAGCGAACUGAAGCUUACAAAAUGAGCAAAAUUGCCAUCCAGGAAAAGAAGCUAAGAAAAGAAACUGCCCAUUCAUUGUCAAAUGGCAUGCAUACUGAGAAGAACAACGAGCAGCAAGGGAAAAUGUCUAUGUUUAAUAUUCCAAUAUUUACUGAAGAAUUUCUUGAUCAUAAUAAAGCUCGAGAAGCAGAGUUGAGAAAGUUACGAAAGACUAACAUUGAAUAUGAAGAACAGAAUGCAGUCUUGCAGAAGCACAUUGAUAACAUGAGAAGUGCUAAAGAGAAACUGGAGGAGGAGCUGGCUGAAGAACAGAGCCAAAAUGCAAAUCUACACAAGCAUCUUGACAAUUUACGGCAAAUGUUAACAACUAGUUUCACUGACGUCUCGCUGCCAGGAAGUGGAGAAAGUGUGACAGUUGACACGGUUGAUUCCUAUAUGACAAAACUGCAUAGUAUCAUAGACAAUGACCCUCAGCAGAAUGAAAAGCUUGUGAAGAAGGUGCAAGAGAUAGUCAGCAGUCUAGACAACAGUGAUGGACCUUAAAACACCAGGAAUUUCAUCAAAGAAUAAGGUUCGCUGAUCUCCACGUUAUCUGGAAUCCCAAGUUCCUUUAGUUUUUUAAACUUUAUAGAGUUUGCUGUAACUCCGUGAAGAAGGUAGAGCUGUUGUUUUGGAGUAGGGUCCAAUUAUACAGACUUACAGUUCUACAUUAUUCAAGGUUAAAGCAAGCUGAUGCUAAUGGAAAAACAGACUACACACAAAAUGCUUUUCAGAAAAAAGCUAGAGGCUUAAUUAAAAGAAGCAAAUAGGACUAUUUGUUGAAAUUACUGAAAAUAAUUAAUUGUUACAUAUAGAACUCUUUUUGUCAACUAUGGCAUCAUGCGGGUUGUGACCUCCGAGUUGAUUUUCUAGUUUUUAUUAACUUUUAUAAUUAGUAUGUCUUUGUGCAUGCACACUCUAUAGAUUUAGAAACUACAUUGUAAAGUUUACUGCCAUUUUGUUAUGAUUAAAUUAUGUUUGUAUUAACAUUUUGUAGACAAAUGUGAAAUAAUAUGCUAGUAAAGGAAGCUACAGAGUCUGGUUUGAAAGCAACCAUGAAGGGAGGGAUGUAGGCAGUGCCAUUUCCACUUCAAUGUAGUCAUGCUUGCAGCCAAUAAAUAUAAGCUAAUGAUGAGUUAACUUCUUGGAGUCAGCUUCAGAGAAAAAAUCUGGUAAGAUGAAAUUCAUCACAAACUCAUUUCUUUAAAUUUAAGAGCUAUGCGGGGUCAUUUUCUUUCAAGAUUCAAGCAUAAGAUAUAAGUUUUUGGUGAAAAUGUUUUUCUUUAAUAAACUAGAGUUAGUUUUCUUCAUGGUGUACAAUAGCAGGUGUUUUUAUGUUUGGAGAUUAUGUUUAGAUAGCUUCAUAUUUUAGAUUACUUUGUGAAGUGAUAUAUAGAGCUCUGGUAACACUAUAAAGUAUGAAGUUGCACCUGGUGUGGUAUAUCAAUGUUAUUGGCACUCUGCUAUAUUAAAAUAAUAAGAAAUGUAUCUUAGUUUAACAGAAUACUUUUAACUAUACUGAGGUCAUUAGCACAGUGCAGUAAUAAGUCCCAAAUCAGCAGGAUGCUCUUUUUUUUACAAAAAAGUACUACCAUGUAUACUCAUGUAAGGUGGGCUUAUUAUUUCACUGUUUCAAGGAUGUAAUGUUACUUAAAUUAUAUUCUUUAAACUGGUACAUUUGGAGUGAUUGUGAAAUAGAGAGAGGGCAGAAUUCAAAAGAAUGUAUGUUUCUAUCUGAAUCUUUGAGAUUUGUUUAAAGCUACUGUCAGCGAGCGAAGUGUAGAUAGUGCAGUACUUGGGAAUGUUAGCUGAAAGGAAGAAGUCUGCAGCAAAUUGCCAAACGUCUCGGAGGUAUUUGCAACUUGGAUGACAAAUCACCAUGAAAAGAGCUGAAGCUAUUAUGUAUGUCAGAGUUUGGUCCGAUGGAUCAAGGUUACAUUUUGGUAAAGUACUGCUACCAUUUAUUAACAUAUGCGGUAUCCCAUUGAAGCUUCAUUUGCAUUUCUCCUGGAGUAUAUACUUCAUCAACAUUUUUUUUAGAAAAGCUGUAUGGAUUUCAAAUAAUAGUACUGUGGAUUUUUUUUCAUCCACGUUAUUUCCUAGGCCAAGGACACUGAGGCCAGUUUUAAGGCUGCUUAUUUUAUUUCAUUCAGAUUCACCAAUGAGCAAAGACCAGGGAUCAGAUGUAAGAACUUCCUACUGCUUUGGUGGUGAAAAGCAAUAGGAUCCCAUAGAGGAGGGUGGAAAACAGUAAUGUUUCUUGUCAUUGUCCAGUUAGCAGAACCCUGGGAGAAAAUCAGAACCACCUUCUAUGCAUGACCUCCGGACAUGGGAAAAUAGGGAAUUCAUUCUUUAGGAAAGUCACACUUGAAAGAAUGUUCUUAAAUGUGGCAAUCAGAUUCUAACAAAAACUUCUCCUUGUGUAAUGAUCUUCACAGCCCUUGUGGAGUAAAAAUCGCACAAAUAUUAUCUUAUUGGACUUUUUCCAAUGAAUGGGUGAUUGCAAAUUGGGCAGUUUCUUAACAUGAAUAAUUGAAAGAAAUCUUUGGAUUCAUGGAGCAAAAUAUUUCUUCUAUCUGGGAGUGUAGACUGGAAUUACCCAUUGGCAUAGGUCUGGUAUAAAGUGGGUAGCGUGAGGUAUUACCAGUGUAUCGUUGUGGAACAUUAAGGCUGAGUGAAAGUAGAACAAAGAGCUCUUGUAUAAAGGGAGUAUACAGGGAAGAUAGCAAAUUAUUUUGGUUAUUUCACUAUUUUCUUUUAUCUAUCCUUGUAGAAUGUUAGUAUUAAAUUGUUAUUGACACUACAUUUUACUGCUCCAGAGCACAUUUGCAAUUUGGAUUCAUUUAUGUAGCUGCAAAGUUUCACCAUUUGGAUUAUACAGUACUGCCAUGAACAGUUUAAAAUGAUAUCACACAGAUUAUAGGAAGACAGGAGACCUUGCAACAUUUUGCUUCUCUUAGUGCUUGCUUCUAAUACCAAUUCUAUUACCUACAUCUUUGUGUUUUUUUUAAAUUAAAUGCAAUUGUUAUUUCCAUUUAAGUGAUAUUGCCUGCUUCACAAUUCACUUUAUAAAAUAAGUAAUUUUCAAGUUUUGUUAAAAACAUUUUUUUUACCAAUCAUCAUUUUGAAACUUUGAAAGAUUUUAAAAAUCGAUAUUUGGUCUCCAGGAGAAGGUGACAAUUUUGGAAUUAUAACUAAUCAGGUUCAUAUAGUCUGCAAACUUUGUUCUCCCUUUCCAUGGUCAAUAUCUUAUUAAUAUGGUAUUUAUGGCUGUAUGCAUCAUUCCAACUGAUGCACUAGUCAUUGUCAACAUCACUUCAGCCUUUUAUAUUAAAUUACCUACUUCUUGCUGGCAACCAGAAUUACAAUUGCCUGUUAUGGCUUUUCACAUAUAUUUAAAAAUCUGCUUUUGUGUUCCCCGUUUAUUUUGUGAAAUAAAUUUUCCUCUUUAUACUUGGGUAUAAAGCAUCAUCUGUGUAAUGCAUAGGAAAAAAAUGGGUGGUUAGUAGUGUGUAAGCAGCCCCAUAAAACUUUUUUUGUUAAUAGUAAAUAGAAAAUAAGAUGGGCGAGAUUGCAGUUUGUGAACUACACUUUCCAAGGUGUUCUAUCCAGAUAAUAAUUUAGGCCCAAGUGUAGAAAAAGAAAUUGUGCCCCUUCCUGUUUGGGCUUUUCCUACAGUAAACUAUCUACCCCAUUCACUGUCCGAUCUCCCUCUCCCUGUGUUAUCUAUCUUUUGUCAUUAGUUUUGUAUCCUAAUGCUCCAAGUCUUGUGUUAUUGGCAAUCUUCACAUCUUUCUUGUCUCUAUUUCCAAGUCAUUUGGAUCCAUGCAGCUUCAAACCUUGUGUUGAUUUAAUUGGAUAAUGGUUCAUACAUUGUGAUGAAAAUGUUUUGAUGCAUCUAGAUUACAGGAUAAGAGCGUAGAGGCUGCUACAAGGUUGCAUUAUUUUUACACUGCUGUAUAUGCUGUAGUAUGUAAAUGACAAGAGGAAGCCUUAGCUACAUAGCAAAAAAAAUAGUUUGUGAUGACAGUGUAAUCUUUGGGAUCAGUUGUAUAAUCUCAAAGAUUCGUUAUUUUAUGUUUUUAAUCAGUUUUGUGAUUUGAUAUACUGUUCAAAUUGUAUUGCAUUAGAUUAAUUCCAUUUAAGUAAUUUCAUUUCCUUCAUCAAAUUUCCUAUUCAAAUUAACCUGUUUUUAUCUGCAAACUUUGUAUAUUACUUUUAUUAUGUAGUUCAGUUUGUUGAUAAAAUGUAGCAAUUGGUUAUAUAACAUGCAAUAAACAUCUGAUAUUG